AUGUACUCGAUGUGCGUUGAUAUAUUUCCAGUAACUAGUAUAAUACCCCCAUCAUUAUUACCGUGUGUAGAUUCACAUUUGUAUAUAUAUAUAAGACAGCUUCAUCAUUAUUCUCAAACAUUACACAUAGUACAGUACUCAGUAGAACAUUGUACAACAUCAAGAAAACAAACUACCAAAAUGCAGGUCACAUUAGUCCUUUCUUCGUUGUUGUUGGCCGCUGUGGUUAGUGCCUACCCUGCGCAAGGUCCCGAAUCUAGGGCCGUCAUCUUGAGCCAAGAAAAAGAAGUAAACUAUGAUGGAACUUUCAAGAACAAAUUCGAAACUGAGAAUGGCAUCAAACAAGAAGAAGUCGGUUACCUGAAGGCUGGCCCUGAAGGUUACCCAGUCUCCGUGGUCCAGGGCGCCAGUUCCUACGUGGCUCCAGACGGUUCGGUCAUUUCAACUGGUUACAUCUCGGAUGAGAACGGUUACCGGCCAGUCGGCGCCCAUCUGCCAACUCCACCGCCAAUCCCAGCAGAAAUCCAAGAGUCUCUCAAAUUGUUGGCUUCUCUACCCAGCACACCCGAACCAGUGUACCAGUAAAUAACCCCAUCAUUGUCACCUCCUGAAAACCGACCAGCUUCUAUCGUCCUAAAAUAAUUUCAUUUAAACCUUUUCGCUUAUAUCAAUCUUCAUCUCACCCUUUACAUUUUUUAAGACAAUCUGCAUCGUAUUGUCAUUAUUGAGUACUGUACCUAUACUAUUUAUUGUACAUUUAUUAUUAUAUUAUUAUAUUACUACCUAUUUACUAUCGUUCGCAUUUGUAAACAUGAACUCACGUAUACAUAAUAUAAUACGUCUUUAAAAAACAAA